AUGUUGGAGACUUUAGCGCAAACCUCAAGUAAGUCAAAAUGACAAAAAUAAUGAAGUUUCAUGGGGUUUUUCAAGAUAUCGACAUAGGCAGCUUCAUAACAGACGUGAUCCGUGGCUUCUCUGACAAAGGCGUUGAUGUUAGUCUCAUUUUAAAUUUUGAAGAUAUUAAAUUUGUUCUCAUUUCGAACUCACAGAGCUCUGAUACGAAUGGCGAUGGCUGUCUUGAUGAAACCGAAAUUGAAGAUUUUGUGAGAAACCAUGUUGGACAUGCGCUCAAAGUUCCUCCAAGCCAUCUCGUGGAUCAUUAUGACACCGACCAAGAUAGAAAAUUGUGCAAAGAUGGUGAUUACCCUUCUGUAUUUCAACUAUUAAAAAGUAUUACAGAAGUUUGGGGAAUGAUUGAACGAAAAGACGAGUCAUUAUUGGAAACGAUCCCUGGACUUUUCGAAAACCAAGCCGAAGAAGAAGCUCCGGAAGAUCUCCAAUCAAUUUUUGAAGACGAAAACAAAGGCCACGAAGAACUGUGA